CAUGGUCAGUUGUGCCAGAACUGCCUUACAAGUAACCAACGUAGUCCUAGAAACUGCCAUCAAAACAAUAACAUCAGAAAAAAAUUACAGAUUAAAAAAGUUAUUGCGUUCUUUUGACACAAAAUUCGGCGGCAAAAUGUGCGUCUGGCACAAAAGAGGUUGCGCUUUUGAGUUCCGAGGUCCGAGACUAGUAAUUUGUUGUGCUAAUUUCUCGUAUCACGGCCGACCGAAGGUUGUUUAACUUCACGUGUUCAACGUAUUUUUUAUACGAGGACGUGUAAUCUUAAUUUCGCUAAACCUAUUUUCUAGGCGCGUGUGAUUUCGUGAAAAUGCGGUGAACCUCUUUGUUCAAGAUGACAGCGCUGUUCUACUUUCGCGCCAAAAAACCCACCAUGGAGGAUUUGUUUUUGGUGAUAUUUUACGUGUUCAAAAUCAAGUUGAAAUGACGACGAGUGUGAAAUGUGACAUUAAAAAUAAGACAGCAAAAAUGUGAACUUUUAAAAACCGUUGUUGAUUGUGACUUCCUCGUUUUGUGACUGUCUGUGCUGUGUUUUUGUAUUUAUUGGCUGGAACGUGAUUUUUACGAUACAAUCAGCCACCGUGAUGAGUCGCCGGUGACAGCCGCAAGAUGGCUCUGAAACUGAAAUACACUGACGAACACGGCAUCCUACACAUCGACAUGAGUCCAUCCUGCCCCUCGGACGACGCCGGAAACGGAAACGCGACGGAAACGUCAAAAACCGAAAUCACAGACCCUAAAUUCGACACCAUAAACAAUCGGUUCGGCCAGUACGACCUCUUUGGAGGGAAAUAUGACGUGCAAAGCGACAGUAGUGGGGACGGCGUGCAACGCUCGCUGUUUCGCAGCCGCUAUAACAGUGUGGAAGAAGAGCUCGCCAAUACGCCAUACGCAUUCACCACAGACAAAUCUGUGCGGCUAAACAGCCUCAAUAAUAACUUCGAUAUCACAAUCAAGUCGCGGCUAGACGACGCGUCGCCCUCAAAGGACAUAGAAGACGAUAGAUUCUUCAACAGAAAUGUAGACUACGAUCUAUUCGGCCCGCAAAUCGAUUUCCAAACCUCAAUCAAUACAGAACCCCCGGCUUUUACAGUGACACAAUUAAUUCACGCGCAGGAUAGAUACUUCGAUUUGUCUUCCCGCGCAACGGUGACAGACGUCAAAAGUGACAUUAACAGUGAGCCUGUGAAUUUGAAAAGUGAGUUCGAAGUUCGAAGCGCGCCAAAUUCGGCGCGGGACGCUAGGAUUGUGCGAAUAGUGGACAAUAAAAACAGUGGUGAAGAUGAGGCGUUUACAGUGCUGGCUGGAAAGAGUGUGAAAGCUGUGCAGGCUGUGGAACUAACUGCGAAGAGCCAGUCCGCCGCGCCCACGUCGAAGCGGAAACGCGAGUCUUCGUUCGCGAUCCUCGCCGAGCGCCCCGCCAGCCCCUGCUCGCUGCCCUGCACUGACACUGCCUCCACCACCACACGCCGCAGCAGAGUCUACCCAGCAACCCGCACGACACCCCAAACUGCCGUGAACUCGCGAGCCAACUCACCCGUGAGGCGACGACGAACCUCCUCUCUGUCCAGAAUCGACAACAUGGCCGACACCGCCACCCUCCCACCCCCCAUGCAUACCCUCCUGCUCUCCAGGCCCCACUCCCCGCCGUCUCCCAGAGACUUUGUCAGAGAGAACAUCGAAGAGGUAAGAGAGCUAAGCGAGUUCAACAGAGAAAUGCAUGAAGCAGAAGCAGAACAAAAGAGACUUGAAGAAGAAGAGGCGUUGCUCAAAGAAAUGGGGCUUCUAGAUAAGAACGCUAAGCUUGAAGGCAGAAGAAGUGUUACAGGGUCGAAGUGCAACUCCAGGAAUGCGUCAAGGAGUAAUUCUCCGGGUAAAAUUAAGUUGAGAUCGAGAUCGAAUUCACCGUCGACGAUAUUACAUUACGAGAUUAUUCCGCCGAGUAAAAGAGAUUAUGUGAACGGUGAUGAUGCUGUGUCUAAGCCUGUGGUGCACAACUCUCGGAUGAGGUCAGUGUCAAGGUCACAGCCGCAGUCGAACAAUGUCAGUCCGAAACACUCCAAAAUACCGAAGCGGCAGAGUUCCGUUUCGCCCACAAGGGAGGGAAGCCGAUGGGAGCCUAAACGACCGGUGGAGAACAAAUUGAACAAAAAUCAAAGGUUCAUUUCUAACAGCACUAGCAGCAUCAACGAAGCGGCGAGGAUAGGUGACGCUGCCAACAAACGAGGCAUGAGCAAAAGCCAGCAACAUUUAAACAUAUCCCCUGCCCACAUCAGAGGUAAGCCCCCAAUAUCUCCCGGCAGAGGUGGUCCUCCGCCUUCUAACAGAGCCAUCAACGCCAAAAGGCUGUCACCAAUAGUCGGUACACCGAACAAGAGCCCUGUGGACGGCUCCAAGCCUGGAUCAGCUCGGACUCCCACAAAAACCUCGCCGAAUGCAAGCAAGCCUGUGAAGACGGCUGGCAGCACGCCUGCUACCUCUAGAUUGAAUUCUAGACAGCCUAGCAGACCGGCCAGCCGGGACCCCAGCCCAGAGAAAGGGAAUAGACCAUCGAUGAGAGGCACGGCGAGGCUUCUGUCAAGAGUUCCGAGCACCAAGGCUGGACAGAACCAAGACGGCAGCAUUAACCGAUCAGAAAGCAUGAAAAGCUUGAAUGACGAAAAAUCACCAAUCAAACGAAGGGAUUUGCGGGAUAAGACGAUGGGGAUGUCAGCGGUAAACACUUUUAUGCAAGGAAAGAAAGCACCGGUGCCAGCCAAACGGGGAGAUAUGAGGAAUAAGACGUUAGGUAUAUCAACGAUGAAUUCGUUCAUGCAAGGAAAGAAAGCUCCACUGCCACCGAAGAAUAACAGGGAUAUGAAAAAUAAGACAUUGGGUAUAUCGACAAUGAACUCCUUUAUGCAAGGGAAAAAGACGCAGGACAAAGCGCCGCUAAUAAAGAAUAACAGUAAAAAAGAGUUGAGGAACUCAACAAUGUCUUCCAUAGCUUCUUUGAACACUUUGAUGAAAGGCCAGAAGCCACAAGAAAAAUCUCCCGAAUUAACAAAGAAGAACAGUAAAGUUGACUUAAAAGAGAAGUCAAUGUCACUGAGCAGUGUCAAUUCCUUUAUGCAAGGAGUAAAAAAAGAUGAUGCAAAAACCUCAGAACCUCCCAAAUCUGCUGCUAAAAAGGAAACAAAAGAUGCAGAAACAAAAUACUCGUCUACUGAAAGCAGCACAGACGAAAUCAUGAAGCAAGAUAUACACACACAAGUGGACAAUACUAUCACAAAUGAGAAAGGUGAACUUGUGAUUUUAACGAAGAAAAGUAUAGUUUCUAUGACCACUGCAGCAAUAACUGCACAGCCCCUAGAGAUAGUAACUACUGUUACCAACCAACUGCCUACGUCUUUAGAAAAGGCAAGAGAAAAGGGAAUGUUUGAAAGGCACAGUUCCAGAGACUCCAUUUUGGGAAAAGACACCAAAGCUAAGGAAGAAGAAGUUAAGCCUGCCGCAAAAGAAGAAUCAAAACCACUUGUAGAAGAGAAAAAGGGGACAGCAGAUGAAAAGAAAAAAGAGUCUGCUGAAGAAAAGAAAAACGAACCAACAGAAGAAAAGAAAAGAGACUCAGCGAAACCUGUAAAAGACGUUAAAGAUAUGGCAAGACUAACCACAAUAUUCACCGAUGACAGUGUCAAACUAAAGCCACUACAACCACCUUACAACAAUCCGCAAGUUGAAAAAGUUAAACAAAAAAUAGACGACAUUCUACGCUCUCCAGAAGUUUCCCCACAAAAUAUUCUAGCUUCAGCGGCAGCCGAACCUGCACCUAGCAAAUCUAAAUUUAAAAGCAUGGCAUCCAAAUCCGGACCUAAAACUGACAUGACAGCAAAACUAAUGGACAUGAAAUCCUUAGUCGCAAAACAAAUAGAAAAAGAGGAAGAGGCAGAAAUGAGAACAGAAGCGACCAAAAUAGUCGACAGCAUCAUAACACCAGUUGAAGAACCGAAACCCGCGACCACAGAUUCAAAGAAAGAAGAAGUAAAAACCAUAGAGCCAGUAGUGACAGUUGUUAAUGAGAAAAAAACAAACGGACCAAAGAAGGAUUUAUUAAAGGCGAUGACAGCGGCGGCGGUGGUGAAACAGGAAGCGGAAGUCGAGGUUCAAAGUUCGAACGUUUCGACGCCGGUUGACAAGAUGGAGGUGCAAAACAAGAUGGCGGAUGGAGCGUCGGAGGCGUCCGCUACCAGCAAUGGAGGCUUCCCUCAAAGCACAAGCACAACACCCAAACCGCCAGCCCGAGCCAAACAUUCAGCUCAAUCCAAGAACUCAUCCACAAACAACGAGAAACCACCACCAGACUCCAAGGAAGAAUCCCCUGACCCAAACAUGAAGCAGCCAAACAUUUGCUCAAGGCUCAUGAGUAAAUGUGCUGCUAAAUGCUGCCCGUGCUGCGUGAAGCCUGAUGCUGAAGAUAUGGAGAAGAUCGCGAAGGUGGAAGAAGGGAAGGUGGGGUGGAUGAGCAAGAUCAACUGCUGUAAGAAGAAGGAAGUUGAUGCAGAGAGUAUGGGGACGGAUGCCGAAGCGGGUUUUCGGAAAGUGAGCAUAGACUUCGAAAACGAGACAAAGACGAAGCGCAAGCGCAAGUUCCGCGACAUCCUGUGCGGGUGCUGCGGGCGCAGCCGGCGCGUGUCCGACGCGGGCAGCGCGGCCGAGGUCGGCUGCUGCGGGCGCCGGCGGCAGGUGGUCGAGCGACGGGAUAGUAUACUGAGCGAUAGACCGCCUACCACAUGCUGCGACAACCGCGUGUUCAACUGGCUGCGGGGCGCGUGCCGGCGCUCGGAGCGCGGCAGCCGGCGCAACAGCAUGUUCUCCAAGAACAAGAGCCUCAGCCCCACCAUACCCUCCGAGGAUAACAGGCCGAAGCUCGAUCCGUCUCUGAUAGAACACUCCAGUACAAUGAGGGGGGCUAUCCCGAUCUUGCCGCAAGCCCUCGCCUACUUGUGUCUCGUCUGCAACGUCAUUGUACCUGGACUCGGAACUGUAUUCAGUGGAAUGUUUUGCCUUUGCUUCGGAAUACCGCGAUUUGGAGCUCACGAUGGACCCAGACCCAGAAUAGGUGCGUUUGUGAUGAACCUGUUUGUGGGAGCGGGACAGCUGUUCACGGUGCUGUUCUGUCUGGUUGGCUGGGGCUGGUCGAUCUGGUGGGGCGUCAUCAUGAUACGAGUUUCAAGAAAGUACCGUCGUCUAAAAGCGGAAGCGGAAGCGGCGGCGGCUGCGGAGGCGGCGCAGGCGGCGCCUCCCGUCACCACCAACAACCACGCAAGAGUCUAGCCGCCAUCUUGAAAAGUGUGGUUAGAGUAAAUGAAAUUAUAUGGAGUAACGUAACUUACCUAGUAAUGUUAGUACGAGAAAUACUCAAGAGUCGGUUUGUAAAUGAAUUUGUACUGUUCGGAAGAGUAUUUUAGAGAUCCAAGAGUACGAACCAAAUCCAUGGAAUAAUGUAUUGGAGAUCAAAAUUACUGCAGGAAUACCUAUAACUUUAUCGGCUAUUCCUAUCCUAUACUGACCUAUGUAAGAUUGGUCGAAAAAUGUUAAAUAUCUUUAGAUCGUUUGCUAACUACCAUUAUACAGUUACUUAAGAUUCGACGAUGAGGACUCGCAAACAAUGUAAAGCAAAAUGAUACUUUAAAGCCGUAGCUUCCUGAGCGUCUUUGUUGUCGCCCGAGCCGUGGUGAAACAAUAACUAAAACUAAAAUUUUAGGACGUUUUAUGACUAUUUAACUGUUUUGUCCCUCCUCUGUCUAUGAAUAAAUAAUGGUUAAAAACUCUAUCACGUUUCUUGAAAAUUAUUAAUUGUUUCCUGAAAAUUUAAGAAUUGACGUGAUAGUUUAUUAUAAAUCUGAAGACAUGGGUAGAUUACAUAAGAUAUAUUUGAACCUCAUACACCUACUGAGUAAUGGUUUAAAAAAACUUGGUAUGGAAGUAUUUCCAUUUUCCGGCAAUAAAGUCUUUGAAUAAGAAAACACAUUUUAAUACAAAAUAACGUAGUUUAUAAAUAAUUCUGCACUUAAUUUUAAGCCUCCAGUGCUUCUUAAAGUAUUAUACACUAUAGAAAUACUUAAUUAGAACUGUAAGAUUUAAGGUAAAUAAAACCUUUUGUAUGUGACCAAUACUUUUUCAAUGAAAUAGCAUAGAAUAUUAAGAAAUAUAAUGACACGGAACAUUUUUAUGUAGAAUAAUAUAUAUUAUAUAUGACGAAGGUACCUAAAUUUACCGAUUAAUCAGUUAAAUGAAUUAUAUAAUUAUGUAUGAAUAUCAAAGGUACCUGUUGAAUUUCCGAAUAUAAAAAAAGAUAAGUACAAUUAAAAUAUAUAAUUCACAAAUUGGUAUGAAGGGGCGUCAAAUAUCAACUUAAGAUAUUGUUGUUAUUAUUUAAGUUAUUAAAUCAAUUAUGAUUAUUAAAUAACGAUUAAUUUUAAUGUUAAUAAGUUCUUCCAUUACAUAUACUUACUAAUGUUAUAUUUGUAACAAAUCAUUUCCCUUAAUAUAUUGUAUGAUUGAUUACGAUUACUUACCUAUUAAAUAGCGAUUUUAAUGUUUAUUAUAUUUACAAGUUGGAUGUACAACGAAUACUAUGUAAUAAAUGAGUUAAUUUGAA